GUAAACGGUGCCGCUGUUCGGACAGGCCACAGGUUCCCAACCCUGGUCCUGGAGAGCCCUCUGUGCUGCGUUUUUAGUGUUUUUCCAUGCUCAUCUUCCUCACUACGACUCCAAAAGAGCUGUUUAUUAGCUGAUUAGUUGAAUCAGGUGAAGAUGACAUGACCAAUGGACACAAUAGAGAUGACAGUCAAGCUAGUCUGAUCACUCAUGUGGACUCACCAGGGACGAGCUACUGGAGUGUUUCGGAGAGCCCUGAAUCACCCUCCCUCCUGUCCCUUGUUCUGGGGCCAUCUAGAAACAAAACAUCUCCAGCCAAAGCAGGCUGGGCAUCACGGACUGGCCACAGUCGUAUCCCUGGUCGAGACCACCGCCGUUACUACCACGAGCACUGGAGAACCGAGUACCUGAUGGACUUUGACCCCAAGAGAAAUGGGAUGAUCUGCAUGGUAUGUGGCAGCUCCUUAGCCACUCUAAAGCUGAGCACCAUUAAGAGACAUAUCAGGCAGAAGCAUCCCGAUUCGUUGCUGUGGAGCGCGUCCGAUAAGGAGGUGAUCCGUUCGGGAUGGGAGAACCAUCUGAAUCUAGAGACUAGUCAGACAUCUUGUGCAGAUUCAGCCAUCGCCUCAGAGCCGGAGGAGACGCUUGAAUGUGCCAGUGAGACAGACAAGCCUGGCAGUGCUGUGAUAGUUAAAACUGAGUCCCAGUCUGAGCCUAGCGUGGUGAGCUCCUCAUCGGCUCAGGAGACUCAGAGUGUGUUGACUGAGAUACUAGAGCGCUACGUGAACGACUCGCUGCACGCCUGGUUCCGCCAGGAGUUCCUAAUGGAGUACCAGGCAGAGGUGGGCAGGCUGGUGUGCAUGGUGUGCAGCCGUCCCUUGCCCUCGCUUCACCUCGACCACAUCAAGAGGCAUGUGCUGGAGCAGCAUCCCAACUCACUGGUGUACAGUGCAGGGGAGAAACAUCGAGUCCUGCAGAGCUGGGCCCAAAGCCAGGACUCUGCAAGAGACUAUAUCAAGACAGAGCCAGACACCAAAGACCUGAGCGUGAACAGACGAGUACCGCUCCCUGCCACAGAGCCUGACUCUCUCCAGCACAUCACAGAGCCAUCCGGAGGGUCGGGAAGGGAAUCAGAAGACCCUUCUCACCACACCCCUAACAGCAGGUUAAAAAAAGGCAGCCCAUGGCAUCUACGGCUGGAUUAUUUGGUUGCUAUUGGGCCUCCAAGCAUGCCAGGCUGCUUCUGCAUGGUGUGUUCCGAGGAGCUGCCAGUGGUGAGAGUCAGCAGCUUUCGCAGGCACAUAGAGGACUGUCACCCUGAGACCAGCUAUCUCAGCCAAAGAGAGAGAGAAGACAUAGCCAGCGCCUGGACCCAGGAGGUGGCCACGGAGGAGCCGGAAACACAUUCACAACAGGCUUCCCCCAGUGACGCACCCGUUAAAAGCAAGACGUUUUCCAUAAAACCAUUCGCCUGGCAGCGUGGCAUCAAGAAGGAAGACGGGGAGAGGUCGAAGAUCAUGUCCGCGCCCAUUAUCGGGAGAAACGUCCACUACCCAGGCAAGGACCAGCGGCGUAACUACCAGGUGCGCUGGCGAAUGGAGUACCUGAUGGACUACGACUGCAGGAGGCACGGGCUGAUCUGCAUGGUGUGCCGCACCACUCUAGCGACUCUGAAGGUGAGCACGAUCAAGAGGCACAUCCAGCAAGUCCACCCUCACUCGCUGAACUACAGUGCCGAGGAGAAGCAGCAGGCAGUGGAGAGCUACAGCCAAGCGACGCUACACUUCGUCCACGCUGAAAACUGCUUCUCAGGCUCGGAUCACAGUCAUGUAGCACAGACUAACACUAAGGUUGAGAUUGACCAGGUUUAAUGAACAGUGAGGGUGGCAUGCUUUCUUGCACUCAGGAAGAAGAUUGCUGGAACAAGCCAAAAUAUGAUCUCCACAGCUUUUUAGUUGGGAAUGAAAGCUUGAUACAAUUUUUUCUGUGCACUUUUUGUUUGUUUGAUUUCACAACAUGAUUUCAAUUAUUAAGCAAUGAUCUUCUUGGAGUUGGAGAAAAGUAAAGUUGUUUCCCACAGUGGAAUGAUGUCACUGGCUUGAAUACGAAUGAAGGACCUAACAGGGCUCUACAGUGCGACCAUUUCACUCGCAUUUGUGACUGAAAAGUACUUUGUGCGACUGUGAAAAAAAAUAUAUUCGCACCGGUGCGAGUGACCUGGUCGGAGUUGUAUAAUACAAUCAGAAUAAAAACUACAAGUCCAAAAUGCAUCUAGCUACAGUUACUUUCACUUCAAUUUGCCGAUCUCACAAGUCUUUUAUUGAUCGCGCAAAAUGACCUGAACUUGCGACUGUGACAUGCUCGUGUACACGCAGCGGCGUCGGGCGGAGUAAAUUAAUAAUAAUGCUAACACUACAAGGUGGGUUUAAUUCAAACUUAUUUAUUAAAUAAUUCCUCACCAAUCAUAAUCAAGAAUAACAACUGUUCAGUCUGUAAACACAGUACACUACCCCUCUCCUUCACCAACUCUUAUUGACAGCACAUUUACUUCAUUUAAACUCACAGUUGCCAGAUAUAUACUAGAAAAAUCAACUCCAGUGUCCAUGUUCUGAUUUAAUUCCCCCAAAAAAGCAGUAUUAUCAGCAGACAUGGCAACACUGUCCUGGGGAAACCAUCUAAAACUGAUAAACAAACAAACAAAUUAUCAAAUGUAAAGACAGAAAAUGUUAUAAAUAAAGUUAUAAAUCAUUGAAUAUAAAAAAAAAUUAUAUAAUAAAUUCAUAAAAUAUAAAUAAUGAGAAAUGAAAUAAUGUUUAAUUACUAUGGGUUGCAUUUAAAAUCAAUUUAAAAUUAAGCUUAGUAAGCUAUUUCCUUGGAAGGCUAUUAGCCUUCAUUUUCCUAAAACGGAUCAUUUUAAUAUUAGUCUCCUUUUAAUUAGGACUCUUUAUUGCUUCAGAUAUUUAAAAAUAAAUAUUUGCUGCUUGUUUAUUUAUCAAUUAACUAGCAUUUAUCAAUGCUAUUACUUUAAUUCAAUUAACAGUGACCAUGAGCAGAGAUCUUACAUUUAACUGUUUAUGACAGACCUGAUUAAAGCUUAAACAAAAAAAAGAUGGAUCGGUUUUGGUCGAUCAAGAUGACCAGAAAUCGGUAUCGGCUGUAAAAAUCCUGAUCGGAGCAUCCCUAAUGAGCAGCAUUGAACUAAAGCGCUUUGCAUCUGAUGGAUAAAUGACUCACCCAGUCACAUCCUAUAUGAGAUUAUUCAGAUAUAUACACAAUACACACAGAGCGGUUCGAGAACUGACUCCAGCCCAGAACCAUGACAGUGGAAAAUGUCUAAUAGUGUAGCUUAAAAUAUAUUUAAGAGGAGCAGACUUCAAACACUGAUUAUUGAGGGUUUUUGUAUUUGUUUACAAGAUGGAACAGGUUAACGGUUGUUUUUUGCAUACAGUCUGUAAAAUUAACUGAAAAUAUUACAUUUAGUUUAUUAGAAGGUAAAUUAAUGUGUCAUGGCUCACAGUAUGUUCCUAAAUUCUGUCAUAAUUGACCAGCUCAAGUUUUCUCAUGCCUACUUGUGUGUUAUAUUGUGGCACAUUAACAUGCUCCUAAAUUUUUGACUGUGCUCCUUAAAGAAAUUGUUACCGUAGAGCCCUGCCUAAGCACCUUUUUAUGCAUCCGUAUUUGUACAGUGCAGUCUUUGGUGAGAGUUAUUGAUUGCUGCGGAUUGCAGGGUUUAAAGUACCAGAGGGAUCGUUUUGCAUGGGGUCAGCAAUGCAGUAGGUCGCACAUUCAGCACUAAACAGAGCACUUGUUAUGGGGGGAUCAAGGUAACUGUUAUGAAGCAUGACUUCUAGAGCAGCACCUUGUUAAACACAGUGUGUUUAGAUUGAACAGUUCCAU